AUGAUGAUGAUGAUGAUGAUGAUGGCGGCGGCGGCGACGACACACAGAGAAGGGGGUUGACUGGCGUCGCCCUACUGGCCGUUGAUGGCUGACUGGCUGGCGGGCUGACUGAAUGAGAGGCACCCAUUCAACCUCCCUCUCCCCUCUUCCUCUUCUUGUUGACGAUGAUUAACAGCAAACAUGAUAAUCCACAGCAUAGUCUAUACGUUGCUCUGGCGGCCGAAAUUCAACCGUGCGGGCCUGGUCGCUUGUCUCGUCGCCUUCGCCGUCGUCACAUGGGCUACUCCGUUUUCCCGCCGCGGCAGCUAAUCAAUCAAAGAAAGAAAGAAAACCUCACGCGCGCUGCUGACAGACCUCUUUGGGCCCUCUUACCCGCCGCUACCACUUGUCUUUUGCGUGCUGGCAUGGUCAGAUACGAAGAGUCCUCGCCAGCUCAGGUGCGGAGAAGAUGGUUCGGGCUCGCCCCCCGCGCUCUCGUCACGCAGGUGGCACCUAAACGCGGCGCUCCAUUGUUGGCCAUGUUCCUGCUGCUCUGCUAUGCCCAGCUGCCACGAGGCGAGGUGCGAAGAUGGAUUCAACCACCCUCGACCUGGCCGCCCUGCCUGCCUGUCGCAGAUCCCAUCUGAUCACGCUUCAUCUUCUUCCAUCCCACCUCCCAUCUGCCUCUCGCCAUCGGCCCGUUGCCUGAUUGUGAACCAAGUGAAGUGUCAACUUAUUCGUGGCGAGACCCCAGACUGCUACGUCAACCCGUUUACACAAUAGGACGGUUUUCGAGGUCAUCUGCGGCUCCACGUCGAAUCAUCUCCCCUGGCAGCGCAAUCAUGUGCAACCUGCUCCCGCCCCCAAAUACCGUACUGCGUGAUGGUCGGUUUCAUGCGUUGUACAAUCUGCACAGUCGCGACCGCCGGCAAUCCUCGCAGGUCCGUCCCAUCAGCGUCGCAUCCGUGUCCAGCUCUGGCUUGCCGCUUGCCAUGGCCACCGUCGUUCAGUGUCUAUCCGCGCUUGACUUUGCGCACUGUACUCCAUGUUGCGUCACCGUGUGUGUGUGUGGUUUGAUCUUGCUUGCCAUCAGUCCACUUCGCAAAUACUACCAUCCUCUGUCUGGUACCUGUCCCCAGGAUCUGUCCCUCGAUGAACUGCCCUCGACAGCUCUUCCACUUGGACUGCGGUCCGAAGGUCC